CUUUUCUGGGACUUUCAGAGCUCAGUAUAGAUGGGGAGGACCGCAUUCGCUUUUUGAAGAAAAGGAUGAGAGGAGGAGAGAAAUAAGGUUUUGGAGGGGAGGAAUGAACAAAACAUUUGUUUGUUAUCAGAGAACCUCUCUCCCAAGGUCUCCCUGUAGAGCUUCUGACCAGAACGCCUCUUUGAAAGAGAUCAACCUCCCUGUGGCUUCACUAGAACAGUCCACUACAACCAGAAAACACCAAGCUACUCACAGAGACCCAUCUCAGAAGUCAUUCACAAACACUGCAAAAGACCUGAAAGAGAAGAUGAUAAAGAGGAUGGCGUUGCUGAUGAUGCUGUACUUCAGUUUCGGCUGCUUCAUACCGCAAACGGAAGGCAUUUUUGCUGUAUCUCAUUCCUGCUCAUUCAAUGGUUCGACCCGAUAUUUCUUCUGCAACAAGGUCCAUGAGAUUCCAAGAUAUAUACCGAAAAAUACUACUUUUGUGGAGAUCAAACUGACUCAGAUCAGCGUGCUUCGCCGAGCAGCCCUGUCUGAACUACACGAGCUGAAGAGAAUAGUGCUGUCUGAAAAUGAUGCUCUUGAGCGAAUUGAAGACUACGCCUUCUACAACCUGACAGAGCUAAAGGAAAUUACUAUUACAAAAUCAAAACAUCUUGUGAUCCACAAAGAUGCCUUCUGGAGACUUCCAAAGCUACAGUAUCUGACUAUAUCAAACACUGGUCUUAAAAUCCUGCCUGAUUUCUCUAAGAUCAACUCUGCUGCUCUUGAAUUUCUAUUUGAUCUACAAGAUAACAUGCACAUAGAUGUGAUCCCAAGUAACGCUUUCCUCGGAUUGACCAGUGCCACCAUAACUGAGCUGAGAUUAACAAAGAAUGGGAUCCGUGAGAUAGAAAGCUAUGCAUUCAAUGGUACCAAAAUUGAAAAACUCUUUCUCAUGGGAAACCAGCAGCUGAGUCAUAUCCACAAGUAUGCCUUUAUAGGAGCCGAAGGCCCCAUCGUUCUGGACAUCUCACGUACUUCUGUCCGCACCCUGCCAGAAAGCAUGCUGAGGACUCUUAAGCUUCUGACAGCCACUUCUGUCAACUCUCUGAGAAAGCUUCCCAGCCUGGAGCUGUUUACUGAGCUCACGCAAGCCAACCUGACCUACCCCAGCCACUGCUGUGCCUUCAAAAACUUCAAGAAGCACAAGCCUGUGAAGAAUCAAAUGUGUGACGAUUCUGGCGCCUUCCUCUUGGAGCCAUACUUCUUUGACGAGCACUGCAAAGAUGUAAUAGAAGUGACCUGCUACCCCAGACCAGAUGCAUUCAACCCCUGCGAGGACAUCAUGGGUUUUACAUUCCUGCGUGUUCUGAUCUGGUUCAUCAGCAUAUUGGCCAUCGUGGGCAACUGUGCAGUCCUCCUGGUGCUUCUCACGAGCCGCUACAAACUGACUGUUCCCAGGUUUCUAAUGUGCCACCUGGCUUUCGCGGACCUUUGCAUGGGCAUUUACCUGUUGAUCAUCGCCAUCAAGGACUUUCAGACACAGUCCCACUACUACAACUACGGCAUAGACUGGCAGACGGGAGCUGGGUGCCAUACGGCAGGCUUCUUCACAGUCUUCUCCAGCGAGCUGUCUGUUUACACUCUGACUGCCAUUACCCUGGAGCGCUGGCACACCAUCACUUACGCUAUGCAGAGGGAACGCCAGCUGCGCCUGCGCCAUGCCUGCACGAUAAUGACGGCUGGGUGGCUUUUCGCCCUGCUGACUGCUCUGAUGCCCAUUUUGGGAGUGAGCAGCUACAGUAAGACCAGCAUCUGCCUGCCAAUGGAUGUAGAAACGGUGCUUUCGCAAGGUUACGUGAUGCUGCUGCUUCUACUCAACGUAGCUGCUUUUCUAAUCGUUUGCGUGUGUUAUAUGAGCAUCUACCUGACCGUACACAAUCCCGCCUUCGUUCCUGCCAAUGCAGACAUGCGUAUAGCAAAGCGCAUGGCUGUGCUCAUUUUCACCGACUUCUUGUGCAUGGCUCCCAUCUCGUUUUUUGCCAUCUCCGCAUCCUUGAAGCUACCGCUGAUCACCGUCUCUCACGCCAAAGUCUUGUUGGUGCUUUUUUACCCCAUAAAUUCCUGCUCAAACCCGUUUCUCUACGCCUUCUUCACACAAACCUUUAAGAGGGAUUUCUUCAUUCUGACCAGCCGAUUCGGCUGCUUUAAAACACGUGCGCACAUUUACCGCACGGAGAUCUCUUCGGGGCAAAACGGAGCCAUGGUGCCUUCGCCAAAGACUAGCGAUGGAACACUGUAUUCCUUGGUACACGUCGCUCAAGUGCACUGAUCACUAACUCGGUCCACCAGAAUAUGCUGCUUGGAAGCUGAAACGAGGAUAAAUAAGGAAAGAUUGAAAUUGCGGAAGAUUUCUAUGGCAUGGGGUAAAGGCAUCUCAUUCUGUUUUUUGGGUUUUUUUUAUUUGUAUUUGCAGUGCUUGACCUCUCGGGUCAAAUGAUUCAGAUGUCGUUUGAAGCACAUGAUCCAUUCGCAAGAUGCUGCUUGAAUGACCUUUGACAUAUCCUGCUUGGAUUAGUGCACAAAAAUUGAGAUUUAGGUGAUUUCUUUAGUAUGAAUAAUGCAGAUCUCUACAUCUUUCAGUAGGCAUGCAGCGUUACAUAUUGUCAAAUAACGGAAUUCAUACUUCUGAAGUGAAAAGAUGAAA